CUCAGCGUCGAGCGGACGCCCUGCUCUCAGGCCUGCGCUCAAGACCGAAGACGCCCAUGAGCGAACGCCGCCUCUGAAAGGUUGGUCUUCCCUUUGUGCUAUUUCUUGUCGCCGUUUAGUCCACCAUUUUACCGAUCGGUAUGAGCGUCGUGUUUGUACGAGCAGUGCUGCCUCGUUGAUCGCCGUUCAGUGCACCAUGUCUCACAGAUCCAGUGUACAUGUUUCAUUGCAUAUCCAAACCAUCGUUCUUGGUUCUAGUGAAAGCCCACUUGCCGUAUAGGUUGAUACUGAUUUGUAUGGAUUGGCUUCCCUGUACAAGACAAUGUAUAUCGAAAUCGCUCGGGCAAACGGAACUGGUCAAAAUCCAUUCGUUUAAUAUGAAGGAUAUUCAGCCGUUCAUUACGCUAACGAUGUUUUUAGCUGUUCAAAUCGAAGAACCGGAACAGGAGAGUCCGGAGGAGAGUCAUCCUAUCAAACAAUUCUCUGCAGGUGUUGGCAAACGACUCAGUGGGCGUCCGCCGAUUUCGGCUGUUAACUCCUCUAGGACGUCCUUGUUGAGCCAGAGCACUCUUGAUCCUAGUUCAAGGCUUGUGAGCCAUCAGUCUCCGGAUCAAGGCCCCACAGAUUCAGAAACAUCCGGGUCGCACCAUCGCCAUCAUCACUUGAGCUCAAGACUCGUUUCUCAAGUUGCUGAAUGGCUUGAGCAUGAACGCACCAAGAAGACUAACAGGAAAUCGAGGAAAAGUCGUCAUGGCCGUUCCAAGGCGGACCCGACAGACACAUCAGAAGAUCAUGCUGAAGCUUCUUCGUCCACAGCAGCUGGCUCCUCAGCGCGGACGAGUAGACAUAGCCGAUCCUACUCGAUCGAUUCUCAGUCCAGUGAUGUCUCUCUGGACAGACUCCAAAAGAUCAUUGAUGAUAGUAUGAGCGCACUUGGUUUGAACAAUGUCCCGCAUUAUAACCCUAAACUUCUGGGUAGAAGAAUGCAGAAGAAACGAUCUUUGCUCCAUCUGCAUCGAACCGCCUCUUCGGACACAGACUAUCAUGAUGGUGAUGUGAUCGUACCGAAAUGCGAUGCUGUACUUGAUAACUCCAAGACCAUGAGCUAUAGUGGCGGAAAAACAGGUGGAAUAGACGACAAUGCGUCAAUCUCAAACCGCAAGGAAGAUGAGGAGCGCAAAGCAUGGAUUACUUUCAAGAACGACAUCAUCCGCAUUGCACAUACUCUUAGAAUCAAGGGCUGGAGGCGUGUACCUCUAGAAGGUGGGGACAUUAUCGACGUGGAGCGCUUAAGCGGCGCAUUGACAAAUGCAGUCUACGUCGUUUCGCCACCAAAAGAUAUUACGGAUAAAUCUGAGCCAGGAAAGAAAACCCCCGCAAAGUUGCUGCUCAGAGUCUACGGUCCUCAGGCUGAAAUCGACCGCGAAAAUGAGCUGAAUGUGCUUCGCCGGCUGGCCCGUAAAAAAAUUGGCCCGCGAAUGCUUGGCAUAUUUGAGAAUGGCCGCUUUGAGCAAUUCUUUGAUGCGGUAACUCUGACGCCGGCUGAUAUUCGAGACCCAGAGACGUCCAAGAGGAUCGCAAAGCGGAUGAGGGAGCUUCAUGAUGGAAUUGAGGUCUUGGACGAGGAAAGAGAAGCGGGCCCCAAUGUGUUCAGGAAUUGGGACUCCUGGUAUGAUAACGUCGAGAAAAGGAUAACGUUUCUCGACCAGAAGAUAUUAUCGGGUGACCUGGGAUCUCUCAAGGGCCCCGCCAAUGCCUGGAAAAAACGUGGUUUGGUAUGUGGUGUCGAAUGGUCGAAAUUCAGGGAGACGUUUGACAAGUAUCGGCAACAUGUGGAAGCCUAUUACGGUGGGCUUCAAGCUCUCAAAGAGCAGCUUGUCUUUGGCCACAACGACGCCCAAUAUGGAAACAUUCUCCGCGUGAGAGUUGAUAACGAAAAGUCUCCGUUAUUACAUCCACAAAAUGAACACAAACAACUCAUUGUCAUCGACUUCGAGUACGCAGCUGCGAAUACCAGGGGUUUAGAGUUUGCAAAUCAUUUCACAGAAUGGGCUUACAACUAUCACGAUGCCACGAGGCCAUAUGGAUGCAACGCUACCGCUUAUCCAACACCAGCGGAACAAAAGCGUUUCCUCAAGGCAUAUGUGAACCAUCGGCCACAAUUUCCUCAUCGUGGCUCUACGCCUAACCUCACUCCGCUUGACAGUCCCGCCGAAACACCAGGAACACCUGGUAUGUCUUCGUACAUGGCCGGAGCAAGCAGUUCAAUCACGGAUUUCAUGCUAGAUGCUCGAGCACCACCUGGAGGUUGGAGAGAGGACGAGAAGCGCCGUGAGGAGCAAAACGAAAAGCAGAUCCAGCACCUAAUGGAUGAGACACGCUUGUGGCGCACAGCGAACAGCGCUCACUGGAUCGCUUGGGGAAUCAUGCAAGCGAAGGUUCCAGGUCUUUCAAAGAUGGAGUCUAUCGAAGAGCCAGAGGUUGCCGGAACUCAACCUGCCUCCCUUGUGGCGCCCGAGGAGGAGGAAGGUGAGGCUGAUGAGUUCGAUUACCUUGGAUAUGCUCAUGAACGAGCACUUUUCUUCUGGGGCGACUGUGUAGGGCUGGGACUUGCUAAGCUGGAGGAUUUCCCAAAAGAGCUACAACAGAAAAUCAAGAUAGUUGACUACUAGAUAGCAUUCUACGUCCUCAUUCUUCGUACGCAGGACCUUGGCACAUGAGAUGGGCAUGGCGAGCACGCGCGGUUCAACACGAGCGAAAAAAUUAGUAGGACCAUGAUAACCGAAGCCUAAAACGUCUACUUCUGUAGAAAUGAU